GUCACACUGGCCAGCAUAAACAUACAAAAAAGUGCUCCAGGUGACGAAGGUAAAUAAAGGAAAAAUUAAUCGCAAACGAACAGAGGAAACGGACACCAAAACACCACACACAGAGAAACCGCUUCACAAUGGCUUCAUUCUUCAACGUUGGCGCCCUGGGCAAUGUUUUCUCCACGGCCGUUGGCCAGCGCAUAGAGGCCGCCACCGAUGCCAACCUGGCCUCGGAGAACUGGGCCGCCAACAUGGAGAUCUGCGACAUGAUCAACGAAUCCUCGGACACCGCCCGUGAUGCCAUGCGUGCCAUUAGGAAGCGUUUGACGCAGAACGCUGGCAAGAACAACCAGGUGGUGAUGUACACGCUGACCGUCCUGGAGACAUGCGUGAAGAACUGUGGUAAAGCGUUCCACGUUUUGGUGGCCUCAAAGGACUUCAUCAACGAGCUGGUCAAGCUAAUUGGACCCAAGAACGAUCCUCCAGCUGCCAUGCAGGAGAAGGUUUUGAGCCUCAUCCAGAUCUGGGCCGAUGCGUUUAAGAACCAGCCGGACCUCAAUGGGGUCACGCAAAUGUACAUGGAACUGAAAAACAAGGGCAUAGAGUUUCCGGCCAAUGAUCUGGAUGCCAUGGCCCCCAUCUAUACGCCACAGAGAAGCGUUCCCGAAGUGCAUUCACAGCUGGUGGCCGCCCAGCAGCAGCACACAAUCUCGCCCCAACACAUGGCCGCCGCCGCUGCAGCGGCUGCUGCUGCUGCUGCUCCACCGAACGCUGGACCCUUGCAUUUGACUCCUGAUCAAGCUGCCAAGCUGCGCUCAGAGCUGGAGAUCGUUAGCAACAAUAUGUCCAUUCUGAGUGAAAUGUUGAGCGUGCUCAAGCCCGGCCAGGAGUCACCCGAUGACUAUGCCCUGCUCAAUGAGCUGACCUCCACCUGCAAGGAGAUGCAGUCUCGCAUCGUGGAUCUGAUCGGACGCGUUCAGGACGACGAGCUGACUGCCGAGUUCCUGCGCAUCAAUGACGAGCUGAACAAUCUCUUUUUGCGCCACCAGCGUUACGAGAAGAAUCGCUCACAGGGUCUGGGAACCACUGUCACCUCGCCAUCGCAAGUGCUGGGCGCUGCAAUGGGUGUGGUCCCACCGCCUGCGACCACAACGACUGCCGUGAGCAAUACGCCGCAAAGUGACCAGCUGCUAAUUGAUUUGAUCGAGAGCAGCGAGGAGGCGCAACAGCUCCCACAGGGAAUGGGCCAGCUCAGUCUGGGCGGAGGAGCAGCCGCAGCGGCACCACAGAGAGGAGGUGCUGCCGAUGAGUUCGAUAUGCUGGCACAGUCGCGAACGGAUGGCAACCAUAAAUCUGAUAUGCUGCGGGAUAUACCCUCCGUGGACGCUGCCGCAGGUAGUGUUCCGGCCUCCGCCGCCGCUGCCAUCGCCUCGCCUUACAAACAGCACCAACAGUCACAGCAGCAGGCACAUCGCGGAACCGGCGAUCCGCCGGUGGUAAGUAAAUCGACGAAAGAGAAUGAGAUUGACGAGAUGGAGGCGUGGUUGGGCAACUCACACAACAUCGAUGGCAUUGAGGAGCUCACCAGCUCGGAGUUUGACAAAUUCCUUGAGGAGCGUGCUGCCGCUGCUGAAAAUCUUCCAACUAUCCAUGCAUCGAACUCCGCCAGUAGUGCCGCGACAGGUGCAGGGGGAGCUAGCGAAAGCUUACGAAAAACACCAAAGAAACCGGCCGCCGAGGAGGACCUGCUUGCCCUCUGAGUGAUCUCCACCAACUAUAGCUCCUCCGGCAAUAUCAGCUCCAAUUGUUUACUCUUUCAAAAUGUUACACACACCCCAAAAAUACUUAUGCAUAACGACGUCUAUAUGAUAGCGGCUACAUAUUAACCCUUUUUUUAUGUAAAACGCUUUUAAUUUUUACAUAACUGCAACGAUAACUAUUGAUUCUAUCUAUAUAUUCCAAAACGAAACAAAACAAAAAAGCGAUCUUUUGUUGGUCUAAUUGUAAGCCACAUCUCGACACAUAUUGAUGGUAAUUUUUAAUGUAUUUACGUUACAUACGUCUAUUUGUUGUUUAU